AUGACUUCGGCAAACAUAGAGGCGUGCGUUGCCCCAGGACAACCUUCGUACGGUUUAACAGCCCGAAAGGUCCUGUGGUUGGUGACAAUUGACAAGUGUCUUCAUCGGAGACAAGGCGAGAUCAAUGUAGAACCCAAAUCCUCCUCUACUCUAGACGCAAUUUGCUUCGACGCUGAGGUGAAAGUGAAGUGGUAUUCGCCAAGCGAUCAUUUAACUUGGCAACGGCAAACUCCGGGGUUGAAAAAAAGGCCUGUCCAGGCUGAGGACUUGGGUAGAACUGAUCACCAAAAUCGAACGCCCUGUUGCAAUCCUCAUGGAGGACUAUUCCAAUAUCUUCGAAGUGAAGAGAUGAACGACUGCCUCAUUAUCCUCGAGGACGAAAAGAAAGCCACAAUUUUUCUCGGCAUUACAAAGUCAAAGCUCCGCAACCUCUGGGUUCAUAGACAGGUUCUGGUGGCUCGGGGAGCCAGUGGAAACAGGUGUUUUCAAAAUAGUCGAGGAGAUAUCAUCUCUGCGGGUACUCGUGUCUCCUGA